AUGGCACAAAUUGGAACAGAAGUUGUUGAUCGUCCACUACCUGAACAACCAGCUGACGAUACUGAAGUACAUGAAGAGAAUGAUACAAUUGGUGAAUUGCCAACGGAUUUAAGUGGUACAAAUGCUGAUGUUACAUCGUCAAGUGCCAGUUCUCCAUUUAAUAAAUUUCGUGGUUCAAUUUGUUGCACUGAAGGUUUUGAAAAAAAUCUUCAUGUUCUUGCAAAAAAUCAAUAUACAGAUCGAGCUAUGGGUAUAUUUACAAGCGGUGGUGAUGCUCAAGGAAUGAAUCCAGCUGUUCGUGCUAUUGUUCGUAUGGGUAUUUAUCUCGGUUGUAAAGUUUAUUUCAUCCAUGAGGGUUAUCAAGGUUUAGUCGAUGGUGGUAAUAGUAUUCGUCAAGCAACUUGGGCAUCUGUAUCUGGAAUUCUUGAUGAUGGUGGAACAAUUAUUGGUAGUGCACGUUGUAAAGAUUUUCGUGAAAAACCUGGUCGAUUACGUGCUGCAAAAAAUCUUAUUGAUCAUGGUAUUAAUAAUAUUGUUUGUAUUGGUGGUGAUGGAUCAUUAACUGGAGCAAAUUUAUUUCGUAAAGAAUGGGAUAGUCUUUUAAAAGAACUUGUUGAAACAAAGGAGGUUACGCAAGAAAAUGCUGAUAAAUAUAAAAAUUUAAAUAUUGUUGGUCUUGUUGGAUCAAUUGAUAAUGAUUUUUGUGGUACAGAUAUGACUAUUGGAGCUGAUUCAGCUUUACAUCGUGUUAUGGAAGCUAUUGAUUGUAUUACAACAACUGCAUCAAGUCAUCAACGUUGUUUUGUUAUGGAAGUAAUGGGUCGUCAUUGUGGUUAUUUAGCAUUAGUUACAGCUCUUGGAUCGGAUGCUGAUUGGGUAUUUAUUCCUGAAUCACCACCUGAACCUGGAUGGGAAGAUCAAUUAUGUAAUAAACUUAAGAGCACACGAGAAAUGGGUCAACGUUUAAAUAUAAUUAUUCUUGCCGAAGGUGCUAUUGAUACUGAAGGACGACCAAUAACAAGUGAUGGUGUUAAAGAACUUAUUUCAACAAGACUUAAAUAUGAUACACGUGUAACUAUUCUUGGUCAUGUACAACGUGGUGGUUGUCCAUCUGCAUUCGAUCGAUUACUUGGUACUCGAAUGGGUACGGAAGCUGUUCUUGCAUUAAUGGAAGCAACUGCAACAUCUCAACCUGUUGUUAUUGCUAUUAGUGGUAAUCAAACAGUACGUGUACCAUUAAUGCAAUGUGUAGAAAAAACGUUGGCUGUUGCACAAGCAAUGCAUGCAAAAAAAUUUAAAGAAGCACAAGAAUUACGUGGAAGAAGUUUUAAAGGAAAUCUUGAAACAUAUAUUCGUUUAAGUAAAUUACGACCAAAAGUAGUUUCCAAUAAACAGUGUUCAUUUAAUUUGGCUGUUAUAAAUGUUGGUUCACCAGCAUGUGGUGUAAAUGCUGCUGUUCGUUCAAUUAUUCGUUAUGGUUUAUGUGAAGGACAUAAAAUGUAUGCUAUUUUUGAUGGAUUCGAAGGUUUAAUUAAUAAUCAAGUUAAAAGUUUGGAUUGGGUGGCAGUCAAUGGUUGGAGUAGUGUAGGCGGUUCAUUACUUGGUUGUCAAAAAACUUUGGCUUCUAAAGUUGGUUUAGCUAAAUUAGCUGAAAAAAUUCGUGAACAUAAUUUUCAUGCUUUAUUAAUUAUUGGAGGAUAUGAAGCAUAUUUAUCAAUUCUUCAAAUGUAUGAAGCUCGAAAUCAAUAUCCAGCAUUUCAAAUACCACUUAUUUGUAUUCCAGCUACGAUAGCAAAUAAUGUUCCUGGUACUGAAUUUUGCAUUGGUGCUGAUACAGCAUUAAAUGAAAUUGUUAAAAUUUGUGACAAAAUUAAACAAUCUGCUCAAGGUUCUAAACGACGUAUAUUUGUUAUUGAAACUAUGGGUGGUUAUUGUGGUUAUUUAGCUACUAUGGCUGCACUUGCAAGUGGAGCUGAUCAAGCAUACAUCUAUGAAGAACCAUUUACAAUAAAAGAUUUAAUCGAUGAUGUUGAUCAUUUACGUAAAAAAAUGGAAGGACAUUUAAAACGUGGUCUUUUACUACGAAAUGAACGAGCUAAUGAACAUUAUUCAACAGAUUUCAUUACAAAAUUAUUACAAGAAGAAGGCAAAGGAGUAUUUAGUGCACGAUCAAACGUUCUUGGUCAUAUGCAACAAGGCGGUUUACCAUCACCAUUUGAUCGAGCAUUUGCAACGAAAUUAGGAUGUAAAGCAGUGACAUAUGCUGUAUCAUUGAUAGAAAAAGCAGCAACACAAGAUGGAAAAGUCAUUUGUAAUACAGCAGAGAGUGCUGUUGUAUUAGGUUUAAUUAAACGACAAAAUGAAUUUACAUCGGUGGAAUCACUUAAAUUAAAGACUGAUACUGAACAUCGAAUGCCACUUGAACAAUGGUGGCUUAAACUUCGACCAUUACUACGAAUAUUAGCUAAACAUGAAAGUGUUUAUAUUAGUGAUUUGAUGGAAGCAGGUGUUGAAGAAGUAGAUCAAUCACAAUAG